GUUAAUUGCUGGAAAAUUGAAUGCUGUAACCUGCAUAAGAUGAUUUCUGAACUAAAACCCUGCAGAUUUAUACAGAUUCACACAAACCCUAACCCUAAUUUUGUUCCUAAAUGUUUUCCUACUCCAAGUUUAGUUUCUCUCCUUUCCUACUUCGUAGGGCAGAUGCAAGAGUAAGUGCAAACUUUAACAUUGACACCCCGCAGGACCCCAAUUCAACCGGCCCUCAUGGCUCGAAUGCUAAUUUUGAUGAAGAAUUUCGAAAGGGAAAGGAAAGAGGGAGAGUGAUGGGUGGUAAUGAUGGUGGUGGUGGGGUUGUUAUUGGGAAGAAGAAGAAGUCGAAGGAGAAAGUUGAAUGGGUUUGCUGCAAUUGUGGGUACAGUGCAGGACAAUGGUGGGGCGUGUGCCGUUCAUGCAAUGUAUCUGGAACUAUGAAAGAGGCCAAAUUCAGUAGUGAUGCUGGUACUGUGAUUAGUGGGUUUUCAGUAUUGGAAGAUAGUGUUGGGUCUUGGCUACCGCAACAGGAAGGAGAGUUACGUCCCUUGAGAUUGGCAGAGGUAAACAGGGGCAUUGAUCAUCACCAUUGGAGAAUUCCUUUGUCUGGUCCCUUCGGAGAUGAAGUUUGCAGAGUGCUUGGUGGUGGUCUCAUACCAGGCUCCUUGACUUUAAUUGGUGGUGAUCCGGGUGUUGGGAAGAGUACUCUUUUGCUGCAGAUAGCUUCAAUCAUUGCAGAAGGGCACCAUGAUGGUAAAGCAUCUCCAGUUGUAUAUGUCUCUGGUGAAGAGAGUGUUGAGCAAAUUGGUAACAGAGCGGAUCGGCUUAGGAUUCAAUCAGAUAUUUAUUUAUAUUCAAGUAAUGAUGUUGAGGAUAUAUUGAAGAAAGUUCAGCAUCUCUCUCCUGGGGCUCUAAUUGUUGAUUCAAUACAAACUGUGUAUUUAAAAGGAGUAAUGGGAAGUCCUGGAGGGAUUAUGCAGGUGAAAGAAUGCACUUCAGCUUUACUCCGAUUUGCAAAGAAGACAAACAUCCCAGUUCUUCUGAUUGGACAUGUGACAAAAUCUGGAGAGAUUGCAGGACCUCGAGUUUUGGAGCAUAUUGUUGAUGUUGUUAUGUAUAUGGAAGGUGAGAAGUACUCUUCCCAUCGUAUGCUUCGAGCUGUGAAAAAUCGAUUUGGAUCCACGGAUGAGCUUGGAGUUUUUGAGAUGUCACAUUCAGGACUUCAGGCUAUUUCAAAUGCCAGUAAAAUGUUUCUCAGUGAGCAACAUCUGGAUUCAGAAAUUUUAGCUGGACUAGCUGUUGCUGUAAUCAUGGAUGGGUCCCGGACAUUUCUUAUUGAAAUCCAGGCACUUUGUCUUUCUAGUUCAACUGGUUCAAGGCAAGUUAAUGGUAUCCAACUAAAUAGAGCUGAUAUGAUCAUAUCCGUUCUUAUAAAGCAAGCUGGUCUUCGUCUCCGAGAACAUGCUGUAUUUUUGAAUGUUGUUAGUGGAUUGACACUGGCUGAGACUGCUGGAGAUCUUGCUAUAGCAGCAGCAAUUUGCAGCAGUUGCUUGGAAAUCCCAAUUCCAAAUGACAUUGCAUUCAUUGGUGAAAUUGGCCUCGGUGGUGAGCUUCGCAUGGUUCAUAGAAUGGAUAAAAGGGUAUAUACCGUUGCGAAAUUGGGUUUCAGAAUGUGCAUAGUCCCCAAGGUUGCUGAGAAAGCUUUAGGAACUGAAGGUUUAGAAAAGAUGAAAGUUGUUGGUUGCAGGAAUCUGAAAGAGGUUAUUAACACUGUAUUUCCCGAUAUAAGGAUGAAAAGGAGGUAGUGAUUGGUCAGACAUUAUAUAUGUAGGUUGUGCAUUUAUAUUAAUCUUUUAAUUCGCAUGAUGUAAAGUAUCACUCAUUGGUACCAUAAAAUAUGUUUCGUACCUUGAAUUUUGUAA